AUGACCUCCCUAAGAAGGGGAUCCCCAUGGUGGUAUUGGGCAGGGUUCUGCUGUGCAGUGCUGCUGGUGGGCCUCAAUUCGGAGACAUUGGGGGAGGCUCAGGCUGUCAAUCUGCGGCGUUUCAUCGGCUGCGCGGUGCGGGAGUUCUCCUUCUUGGCACGGAAGCCAGGCUGUGGAGGCCUGCACAUCACCACUGAUGCCUGCUGGGGGCGCUGUGAGACCUGGGAGAAGCCUGUUCUGGACCCGCCCUUCAUCGAGUCCUACCAGCGCGUGUGCACCUACAAUGAGACUCGCAUGGUGACAGUAAAGCUGCCAAACUGCUCUGCCCACGUGGACCCCUUCUACACCUACCCGGUCGCCCUGCGGUGUGACUGCGGGGUGUGCGUCACCAGCACCACCGAGUGCAUCACUUCCGUCUGA